GCGCAUCCGCAACAACAAUAACAACCACAGUAGCAGUACUAGCAAUAGCAACAACAGCAGCAGCAGCACAGCAGCAACAUUAUGAACUCGAGCACAAAGCACCUUUUGCACUGCACACUCCUUAUCACUGUGAUAAUAACAUUUGAAGUAUUCUCCGGUGGUAUUAAAAUCGACGAGAACUCAUUUACACUUGUCGAUCCAUGGACUGAGUACGGCCAAGUAGCCACUAUACUAUUGUACUUACUACGUUUUCUAACUUUCCUAACGCUGCCGCAGGUCUUAUUCAAUUUUUGCGGUCUCGUCUUCUACAAUGCCUUCCCCGAGAAGGUGGUGCUAAAGGGCAGCCCCAUAUUGGCGCCAUUCAUAUGCAUACGUGUGGUGACACGCGGCGACUUCGCCGAUUUGGUCAAGACGAAUGUGUUGCGUAACAUGAAUACCUGCCUGGAUACGGGUCUUGAGAAUUUCCUAAUCGAGGUGGUCACCGAUAAACCCGUCAAUUUGGCACAACAUCGUCGCAUACGUGAAAUUGUCGUGCCAAAAGAGUAUAAAACACGCACGGGCGCGCUGUUUAAGUCACGUGCUUUGCAAUAUUGUCUGGAGAAUGAUGUGAACGUGUUGAACGACAGCGAUUGGGUGGUGCAUUUGGAUGAGGAGACUUUGUUAACGGAGAAUUCGGUGCGUGGCAUUAUCAAUUUCGUUUUGGAUGGCAAACAUCCAUUCGGUCAGGGUCUCAUUACCUAUGCCAAUGAGAAUGUGGUCAAUUGGUUGACCACGUUGGCGGAUAGUUUCCGCGUCUCGGACGAUAUGGGCAAGUUACGCUUGCAAUUCAAAUUGUUUCACAAGCCAUUGUUUAGCUGGAAGGGUAGCUAUGUUGUUACGCAGGUUGGCGCCGAACGACAAGUGUCCUUCGACAAUGGCAUCGAUGGCUCCGUGGCCGAGGAUUGUUUCUUUGCAAUGCGCGCCUUUUCACAAGGCUACAGCUUCAACUUCAUCGAAGGUGAAAUGUACGAAAAGUCACCAUUCACGCUGCUCGAUUUCCUGCAACAACGCAAACGCUGGCUCCAAGGCAUACUACUGGUGGUACAUUCGAAAAUUAUACCGUUAAAGCACAAACUCUUGCUCGGCAUCAGCGUCUACUCCUGGGUAACUAUGCCCCUGUCCACAUCGAAUAUCAUUUUUGCCGGCCUCUAUCCGAUACCAUGCCCGAAUUUAGUCGACUUCGUUUGUGCUUUCAUUGCCGCCGUCAACAUUUACAUGUAUGUCUUCGGUGUGAUAAAGUCGUUUUCACUGUAUCGUUUUGGCUUGAUGAAAUUUAUGGCCUGUGUGCUGGGCGCCGUUUGCACCAUACCCGUGAAUGUGGUUAUUGAAAAUAUAGCUGUCAUUUGGGGUCUAUUCGGCAAGAAGCAUAAAUUCUAUGUGGUACAAAAGGAUGUGCGAGCAAUGGAAACUGUGUGAGCGGCUGGUCACAUACGUAUAUGUUUAUGGGAAAUUUUUUUGGCUGCGGCUGUAAUAGCCGCCAUGUAAGCAUUAUGAAUGUGCUCUACAGGACUUACACCCUGAAACUCAACUACCAAAAA